CGACUCGCGACAAGUCGGAUUAAUCGUUAUCUCUGUUUUAAUUCACUCACAAUCAGUCAAAGACGUGUCUGUGUAUAAUAUUUUUAUAUGCGCACAUCCCAUCAGUUUACAAUAUCACAAUCCUAUCACAAUCUUGGGUCAGUUGCCAUCUGUGGUCAGAUGUUAACACUUGAACGGGACAUAUGUGGUGGGCAGUGAUGUGGUGAUCGUCACCACCGUGGUCAUCACACACACCGCGAUCACACUUUAUACUCGCACGAUCACACCAUUCUUCAAACGUUCCGAACUUCAAAUUUCGCAGUAGCAAAAGGUUAUGUCACUUGUGCAACAUGGCGGCGCAUGAAAGUGGCGAUUUUACAAAGAUUUUGAAGUAUAGAAUCUUUAAAUUUUCCAGUUACUCGUCGACCUACGUACCUGAGAAUAUUAUUGUUGAUAAACCAUCGGAUCAAUCUUCACGCUGGUCAUCUGACAAUGACAACCAUCCCCAGUUCCUAAUUCUCAAACUUCAACGCCAGUCUAUCGUGAAAACAAUCACGUUUGGUAAAUAUGAGAAAACACAUGUUUGUAAUAUUAGAAAGUUCAAAGUAUUUGGUGGACUGGAGCCAGAAAACAUGAUGGAAUUACUAGAAAGUGGCUUAAAAAAUGAUGCAACACCAGAAACGUUUGACUUGAAGCAUGUGAUUGGGAAUGAAGGAAACUACUUUCCGAUCAAAUAUCUUAAAAUUCUUCCUUUGCAAUCAUGGGGCCCGAGUUUUAAUUUCUCUAUCUGGCAUGUUCAGUUAGCUGGAGUGGAUGAUCCAAAACUUGCCAAAAGUAGUUUAGAGUGGUUUAAUUGUUACUGUCAAAAAGAAGUGAUAAGACUUUGUAUGAAACAUUUUCGCCGAUUGGAUCAACCCGAAGUUGUUGAUACGAUACAAAGAGUAACGGGGGUAACUCUUGAGGACCCAAGGUUAUCUACAUUAUAUGAUUUGUUAGUAACCAAGGGGGAUCAUAGCCAGGCAGAAAAAUUCAUCCGAAACGCUGUCAAUAUGGGUCUCUUAAAUGAGUACAUUAAUGCUCAAUCUUAUCGAGCAAUAUGGAAAAAAGUGUUUUCUGAGGACCCAAAGCCUGGUAUGAGGGGUGGUCACCAAAUGGUGCUGGAUCCUUCCUCACAAAUGUUGUACUUAUUUGGUGGUUGGGAUGGAAAUCAAGACUUGGCUGAUCUCUGGACCUAUAAUAUAGCGACUGACAAAUGGCAGCUUAUUUGCAAGGAUACUGAGGCUGUGGGUGGUCCUACCGCCCGGUCUUGCCACAAAAUGUGUUUGGACCCAGAAAGGCGUCAGUUAUUUACGCUUGGGCGAUAUUUAGAUACUCAGUAUCGCUCUCCUGAAAAUCUGAAGAGUGACUUUUACGUUUAUGAUAUCGAAUCCAAUAAAUGGACCCAGAUAUCUGAAGAUACUGGAGUAGUGGGCGGUCCGCAGUUGAUAUUUGAUCAUCAGAUGUCAAUGGAUGUUGAAAAAAGAACUAUUCACAUCUUUGGGGGGCGUGUUCUUGUGCCAUCGCUGGGUACCGAAGAAAAUCACGGGAUCAUGCCGAAUUUGACAGAGCCAGUAUUUUCUGGAUUAUAUUCAUACCAUGUUCCCACGGGAACUUGGAAUAGGCUGGCUUGUGAUAUAGCGAGACCCAGUCCACCUAAUGUACCGACAAUCAGAUCCAGAGUUGGACAUUCUAUGCUAUUCCAUCCAGAAUUUAGAAAAUUGUACAUAUUUGCUGGGCAAAGAAGUAAAGAAUAUCUCAAUGAUUUUUUUACUUUUGAAGUUGACACGGAGAUCCUAGAGCAUAUAAACUUGAGUGACUUGGGAAAUCGAGAAUCGAAUCACGUUCCCGCAGCCGGAUUUACGCAAAGGGCUACCAUCGAUCCUGAACUUGGAGAAAUUUAUGUGUUAUCUGGUCUGAGCAAAGACAAAGAAAAGAGGUACGAUAAUGUACAGAAUUCUCUUUGGGUAUAUAAUAUAAAAGACAAUCGGUGGUCUUGCAUUUAUCGUAAUGAAAACGUCGGAGAAAAAUAUUGGAACAAUAUGCAGGACCACGAACCCUGCCCCAGAUUUGCCCAUCAACUCGUGUAUGAUCAUAUUCAAAAAGUCCAUUACUUAUUCGGGGGGAACCCGGGACGAUCAUGUCUGCCAAAAUUGAGACUGGAUGACUUUUGGCAAUUGAAAUUAUGUAGGCCAUCGCAUGAGCAAAUUUUGAGAAAAUGUAAACUGAUAAUAAGAAAGCACAAAUUUGAAGAACUCGCAAUGAAAAACAGUAUCGAGGCUCUUGAAUAUCUACAAACAGAAGUAUCUGAGAUAAUUGAUCAUUCUGACCCGGAGCAAACAAAAGAGUUUCAGUUACUAGCGUCGGUACUUUUCCGAGAGCAAGAGGGACGCAAUGAUGCAAAUUCAGAUCUGGAUUCAUCUUCGAGUUCCAGUGGUAUGAUAGGUUCGGCACCUUUAAAAAAUUUUACCAUGCGGGACAUUCAUGCUCGUCGGACGGAAUUAUACGAUAAACUCACCGAGUUCUUUCCAGAAACUUUAACUGAGCCUCGAGCUAAUCUCAUUGACAUUUUGCCCUUGUGAUAUUUUCAACAAUAAGGCUGAUGAAACUCAAAGUCAUAUAAUUCUCGAUUUUUACACAAAAAUUAGACUCGUCACAUAUUUCUAUUCUAUUUUAUAACGUAAGUCAUUCUAUAACGAUAAAUAACAGACCGGUAGUAAUCUUAUUUAACGGUACAAUCAUUUCACUUGUCAUAUCAAUCAAUUUUUUUUCCGUAAGAAUUUAUAUUGGCGCCGAUCAUAUAUUGUUAUUAUUUACAUUCUUUGUUAAUUCUUCUGAGAGGAUCUGCUCUGUUUUUGAUUACUUUAUCAAGACUAAUAAUCGAAACAAAACUUCAUAUGAUAUGUAGAUUACUUCUUAGCUAUUUAAAAUCUUGUUUCACCAAUCGUAUUAUGCUAACUAAGAUCCAUUGUAAGCUUGGCGUGAUCAUAACUGAAAUAGUUAGAUAAUCCCAGGUAUAUAGGUAUGCUGUAAAUUCUCCUAGGGAUAGUAAAUAUCUAUACGGGAAUUUACAGCAGCGCAACGGCACAGGUGAGGAUCUAGCGCUGCUCGACCCGCAUCCAUCGUACAUAAAGUCCGCUGGGGAUAUCUUGCGCCAACCUACAUCAUAUCGCGUAGUGUCUAACCAUUUCAGUUAUGACUAAGGUUUGUGUACAGUCGAUUGAAGUACAAAAAUAUUUGUUUGUA